AUGCAAAAUAAGAAGCCUCCUUUCAGGUCAUUUGAACUUCCCACCAUAAGAAGCCAAGAUGACGAGCUGGUUGUUCUUGGAGAGGGACUACAAGGCUUAUCUGAGUUGUGGCUACAUCCGUCACCAACCUGCGAUCUGAAGAAAGACAACCGAUCUGUGGCGAUGAAAAUUGGACAAACUUCAAGUACUUUCGUUGUCAGUUCCCUAGCAAAGAGCGUCGAAUUUCAACUCGAAUGGACGUACCCGAUCUUUGUGUGCUCCAAACCCGCGGCACAACCAUCCGAAUUUCGAUCAGUGAUUCUUGAGGAUACAUCCGACCCUCUCAUUCCGCUACUCAUUGUCAUCUAUUGCUGGUUUCUUUUAAUGAGUGCUCUCUUCACCGGUCUCAAUCUGGCGUUAAUGUCCUUGGAUCUUGAUGAUCUUCGCCGUAUUCGCGAGUACGACGAGAAUCCGAAGACACGACGCUACGCGGCGAAUAUUAUUCCGAUAAGAGAGAACGGAAAUUUCAUGCUGUGCACGAUUAUACUUGGUAACACAAUCUGCAAUACGAUUUGUGUAAUCACUUUCGAUCUAAUGACUCGUGGAUUAGUUAUGUCCGUUACAAAGCGACUGAUUCUCAUCAACGUCAUUCCAACGUUGUUCAUCAUCUUCUUUUCCGAAGUAAUCCCUCAAGUCCUCUGCACUAAGUGA